GGAUUACUGCCUUUAGGUGUGUUUGGGACAGGAGUAUCUCGUCUUCGAUGCGGAGCAGUUCAUUUGUAUCUGUGCACCCCGAACCAAUCUGGAGUUCAUAUCGCCGUGCAGCAGUGAGGACAGAAGCGGAGCCGAAUUGCUUAGCGAGUCCUCGACGCCGUCAUCCAAAUUCACCUGCGCUAGUAAGCCGAAGCAGUCGAGAGCGUAUCGGAUCAGAUUCAGAGCAAAGCGCAGCCGAAAAUGGUCGCCUGGAUAGGCUCAGCGCUGAGUUAACAGAGCUAAGACGUCUUGUCAAAAAGAAAGACAAAGAGAAUACGGAUUUGAAACGUCUUGUUGAAGAGAAGGACAUGGUUAUUGAUGCUCUACUAGAUAGGAUAAGCAGGUUUCGACAGCAUGAGCGUCUUUCUGAUCGUAGAUUUACUCUUGAAGAUGACGAGUUGCCUAAUAGAAGAAGUUGCUCUUUUUCUUCUGUGUCGUCACUUAGUCUGAGUCCAUACCAUUCUCGACAGACGAUUGGUCAUACAUUAGCAUUAACGAAGGCUUCAUCAUCGAAGCGCUUUCGCCUUUCGGAUCUGUUCAGACCUCCGCCAGCUAUGGUUGCUUCCGGGCACACGAGAAGAGAGACUAGUGAUGAGGAAGAGGUCGAAGUUCAUCAGUUAAUGGUAGCCACCAAUGGCGACAAUAUAGCUGGAAAAUCUGUAGACCAAGAACAUGGAGUUGUUUCGCUUACUCCCGACACCUUUAUAAUCGAGGCGCUAUCGACGAGGACACAGAACACUCAUCCAGAUUGGAAACCUCCUCUACCUCCUUCAUACUGUCUAAGGAUGAAUCGUCCAGAGAUAAUACGCAGAAUUGAAGGCCGUCAAGCUGCGAUCAUUGCAGCAUCUGCAUUGAGGCAUCAAGUUGCUGAAGAGAAAAUGAUGGCGGCUCGCGCAGUGAUUCAAGGGAAGUGUUCGUAUAAACGUGCAAGGAAUAGCCUUUCUGUGGAUCCUACAUUAGUGAAGGCAUUUCCUGAUGCAGAUAUGGUUAAGCUAACGAAGAGAAGGCUUCGAGGAACGAACAUCUACAGAAGCGGAAUCUCUGAAGAGCAGCGUAGAAUUGACACUGCUGCCGCGAAAAUUAUUGCUCGCGCGUUCAGUGAGUCAACAAGAAUAGCAGUACUUGGUGGUCGCUCACUCAUAUGAAGCACUUCUGUCUGUCUAUGAUGUUCAUACCGCUUUCGUUAUUCUGCUGCUGAUUAGCUUUGAAAGCAAUUUUGAAACCAUGGAUUGUGCAUAAUAUCUUGUAGAUUGAAAGGAGACACAGACUUUCCUCCAGCAUAAUCUGUGUUUCCCGUCAUUUUGAGCUUAGCCUCAAGUUUAUGUUAAGAAUUUAUAGAAUUGCAUGUGCCAUAUGUCAUCCAAUGCUAAAACACUCGCCACGGGAAUCUCUUCAGAUCUUUUCAUCUUCACAGUAUCUUAUAGGCAGCGUCCAGGCAAACUUGGACAUACGGGGUUCUGAUGUGGAAAGUAAUUUUGGGGCCUUAAUUGAAACACUGCCCAAGCGGCUGUUCAAAUGGUGAACUCAC